CAUCCCAUUUUCUAUUCCUUUCUUCCUUCUUCUUUCUGGUUUCAUUGCUAUUGAAUACUCACUCUCCAUACCAUUCUUCAAACUUCAUUCACAUUUUCUCUCUUCUCUUCUCUUUUUGUGUUUCAUUAUCUUUCCAAAAAACCAAAAUUUCCAUGGCAGAAACUCUAAGCACCUCAAUUUCUGCAUCAAUGGCAUCCCUUUCAUCACCAAAACAAGCUCAAGAACCUGCUAUGAUGAACAUGAAAGUGGAAACCAACGCUGGAGCUACACCACCACUCCCACCACCACCACCACAACCAAUAGCAGUAGCAACAAUGGCUACAACAAGUGGGAGCUUAGAGAAUAAGAAGCUGAAGAAGAAGAGAGGAAGGCCAAGGAAGUAUGACUUAAAUGGGAUCAUGGGGUUGACAUGUCCUCCAAAUGCAGAAUCAAUGACUAUGACAUUUGCAUCAGCACCACAGUCUCAUUUUGGUGAGGUUGCAAAUUUGGAUGGUGCAUGCUUUACACCACAUGUGGUGAAUCUUCAUGCUGGAGAGGAUGUUGCUGAAAAGAUCAUGUUAUUCGUCGAAAAGUAUCCAGGAGGAAUUUGUGUUCUUUCUGCCACUGGAGCAAUCUCUAGUGUUACCUUAGACCGUUUUGGUUCUUCUGGUGGUUUGUGGACUUAUGAGGGUCGAUAUGAGAUUUUACGUUUAUCUGGAUCAUACACAAUCGUAGAGAAUUGUGGCAUGAGAAGUAGGACUGGUGGACUGAGUAUCAUGCUAGUCAAUCCUAACGGCCAUGUUUUUGGCGGCGGCAUUGCUGGUGUGUUAACUGCUGCUAGCCCCGUUCAACUUGUACUAGGGAGCUUCAGGACACAUGUUAGCAAAACCCCUAGAAGGAAGCGCGGCGGCCAUGAACACACUACGAGUCAGCUUGUAGUGGCUGCGCCGAUUGCAGGCGAUCUAGAGACACCGAUAGAGGCAAGGCCUAUCUCACAAGCAAAUCCUAAUUAAUGGUGAGAAUUUUCUGAUACUUAAUUC